CUUGAACAAACUGAAACAACUAUGUCACACUUCAAGUAUGGAAAUGCCGGAUAUCAAGGAAACAACGUUAAAUCUCCUAUUUUCACGAGGACUGCACAGAGAAAAUUACUACAUUCUACUGAGUCAAGAUGUUAUUGCUUAAAGUUCCGACAAGAUAUUCCCCCAGAGGUAUAUACUGGGGAAAUUAUUGUUGUCAAUGGUACCACUAGUAUAGACAUAGAAUUAGUUGAUGCUGUUACAGGGGAUCUUGUUACCGAUGUACCCGAGGCCUUAAAAGUUGAAAUCGUUGUUCUUAAUGGGGACUUUGAUCCUAGUAGAGAUUGGACAGGUGAUCAGUUUAAUAUUAAAAUUGUUGGGGGAAGAGGGCGAAGUUCAAUGUUCGGGAAAGAUCUCUAUCUGAAUUUGCAAGGAGGCAUUGGCAGCAUUGACGGAAUUAAACUCAAACACCGAUCACAGUGGAAGAAGAAAAUUGAGCUGAGGCUCGGGGCAAGAGUGGUAGAUCUACCAGAUACAGUUAAAGUCAGAGAAGCGGUGACAGGAUUGUUCCUUGUAAAGGACAAGCGAUUAUUAAGAAGCAGUAAACGUAAUCGCCCAUCACCAUCAGAUGAGGUAUGGCGACUCAAACAGAUUGGUAAAAAUGGUCCUUUUCAUAAGAAGUUGUUUGCAAAUCAUAUCAGAACGGUGGGGGAUUUUCUAGCUGAAUUCUACAAAGAUCCUGCAUGGUUACGAGGCAUACUUGGGCCAACAAUGGUUGAUCAUAUGUGGAAUGCUGCUUUAACACACGCACAAAGGUGCAAAAGGGAUGACAGACAAUCCUUGUAUCCCUUGGAAACAUGUCAAGAAAUUGCCAUGGUUAACCAUCUCGAUUCUUUCACUAACAAGCCCAAGAACCAGCAGGAGCCAAGUUUUCCCCCGGUAUCACUUGACUACAGUCAGGAGGAUUCUUUCCGAAAGCUGACGGAGUAUGUUAGUUCUGAUGAAGAUGUUAUAUUUGAGGACCCUAAGCAAGUUCCACGUGCUUCUCCGCAAUCAACUCCAAAUAACCUGCUGCUAGAAGAUGAUAUUCUCGAGUCCAUUAAUGAAUUACUAUUAUGUGAAGAGCCUGGAAAAUCCUUCAUUGUGCACUCUAAUGAGUACAACGAUCAUAAUAUCAAGUCAUCGAGUCCAGAGGUGAAGAAACUCCCCUUGGAUUUGAAAAGUUGGAAGCAGUGUGUCAUUCCUGGCAAUGUUUAUUGUGCAUUCUGUAACGAGGAAUCAUAUGAUGACCAACAAAGGAGGGUGAACAAUUUUGUAUUGUUGCCUCCUGAUACAACUGUUUUCAAAGGUUAUGGCAAAGGCAAGAAGAGAUGGACAUUGUUAUUUAUCUUACUGAAAUGGUUCUCGAUCAGUAGGAACGUCAAAAUUGAGAAGCGAAUUACCAAAAGGAUAAGAUUGUCCUAACAAGCGACAAAAACCAUAUAGUAAAUAAUGGAUAAUUGGUAUAUGCUUAAUGUUGUAUAGUAGCAGUAUUAAUAUAGUCGAUGCUGCCUUAUGUUCCGUAUGUUCUGGAGUACAUAAUGUUAGAAAAAUGAAAAGGUAUCUGAAAAGGAUCGGAAGUGUUCCUCAUGGAUUAGAAAGAGCUCUCUUUUUUCACUUUAUAAGGAAUUGUCCUUUUAGUAUGCUUAUAAAGAGCUACAAAAAGAGCGUGGAACCACGCAUAUGAGAAGGCAUAUUUUGAAUUUUUUGUUGUUUCAGGAAAGUUGUGAAUCUUUAUCUUUAAAUAGGUAGGCAAGAUUGGGGA